AUGGGAUCAACCCGGGAUUGGAUCAAGAGAUCGUUUGUUCCCCGACAGGCAACGGCUUUUUCCAUUCAAAGUACCGUUGUCCAACCUUCUUCAACUCUUUUAUCACCCAUUUCUAGAGAGGUCUCGGGCAUUUCCGAAAAGGAGAAGGACGAAUUUUCUGAGUAUGAGAUCGAUCAAUUCCAGAUUAAGGAAGAAGACGACCUUUUGAAUCAUUCGUACAUCGAUGUGAUGUUAAAGAUUUUUGUUCGGUGGGCAGGUUCUAUUACCGUUUUCUGUAUUGCAUCGUUAAUAUUGAUUUUGUGGAUUGUUAUUGGUAUCGUGUAUAAAGCACCGGAGACAUGGCAGAUUAUUAUGCAGGAUGGACAGUCAAUUCAAUGCUAUAUAUGGGACACGCUUUUAAUGAGACAACAGCUUGAUGACAGUGAUAGGUUCUUAGCAUUUUAUGGUCGUCUUAAGUCAAGAUUUUCCAUGCACAAGCAGCUGCUCACUGAAUUCCAUAGGAGUCAGAAGAAAGUCCACAUACGUUCAACCGAAACUCCUACCGUUGAUUUAGCUGAAGAAAACUGGUUUGACCGUCAGGCUACCCUCUUCAGUAAAAUACUUGGUUCCGCACCAGCCAUCAUCCUCUAUUGGAUUGGUGUUUUCGUUUGGGUUGGAUGCGGUGCUCUCAAGCUCAAAACAGACAGCGAUCCUCCAUAUACUGGCCGUUAUUCCGGCUCGAAUCCAGAAUAUGUUUCCUGGAGUGACGUUUGGCAGAUGUACAUUAACACUGCAGUUGCAGUUGUCUUGCUUAUCAGCUCUGUUGUCUUACAAAAUGUGCGUGCACGUAACAACAAAUUCGUUCGUAAUGAGCUUAAUAAGGUGAGUUUGCUAGAUUCAAAGAUUGAGGGUACCAGCAGAUACCUUACAGGAAAUAUGGAGCCAAACAAGGAAGUCGAAGUUUUGCCUUGUAAGCGUAAAGGCUUUGAAAAGGUCAUCUCGUUUUAUGCUGCCAUCAUUGGUUCCGGUAUCGGUCUAGCAAUUUCUGUUCUGGUGUUCAUUGUCUGGCUUGCAAUUGGUCAUUUGAUGCAAUGGGACAGCAAUUGGUGGUUGAUUAUUGGUACCUAUACUGGAUUAGUCGGUUACAUUGACGGUUUCACUCUUAGAGAAACCUUCCGCGCAAUCACUGCAUAUGAUGAAGCCAAGUUUGACGAGUUAUUGGAUGACUCUCAGGAAUUAUUGACCAUUUUGGGUAUUGAUUACCAGCUUCAAAGACCUUCAACCAAGUUUAACAUUCAGCAACGGAUUUCUGUUUAUGUCAGUAAUGCGUGCUCCAGUAAAUAUUCUGUUAUGGCAUCAGUCUUUACUGUUGUGGCCUUAUUGGUUAUUGCAUCUGGACUUAAAUGGAGUGUUACUGGACAGUUGAUCUGCAACUCUCCAACUAUGAUUAUUGAGGGAUUUUGCUUGUUGAUUUUGAUUCAGGCUCAUGUGUGGGCUGAUUACCAAAGAAGGUUUACAGUCAGACAGCUUGCUAUUAGCAGGACUCUUAUCGCCAGAUUUCUAGAUUUAGAAGUUUCGGCAAGGCGUUAG